AUGAUUCCCAACAUUGGCGGCCGUGAAAACCACGACAGCGUUGGAUGCGCUAUAUGCACCGGCGAAAUAAAGGUUGCGUGCCCUUCGACAGGAAAAGAGAUGGAAGCAGAUGAGAGAGGCGAGUUGUGCCUGCGAGGGCCAACAGUUAUGCAGGGCUACACGAACGAGGAUUGCCAACCCGACGAAGCCGGCUGGUAUCAUACAGGACAAGUGGGUCACCUCGACAGACACGGCAAUGUAUUCAUCUCCGGUUAUCAAAGCGAUCUCAUCGAAGUAGACGGACAACAGACCCCACUGGCCGAAGUCGAGGAUGUCCUUCUCACGCAUCCUUCGAUUACUGAUGCUGCAGUGAUCAAUGUAGCUGAUAGGAGUAAAGAGCAAAAGACGAAAGCAUUCGUCGUUCAACGUGAUGAAAACCUUCACAGCUGA